AUGAAGACAGAGAACCAAACUAUGGUGAGUGAGUUUAUUUUCCAAGGUUUCUCCAGCUUCCAUGAGCACCAGCUCACUCUCUUUUUUGUAUUCCUUACACUCUACAUAUUAACCCUGGGAGGCAAUGUAAUCAUUGUGAUCAUCAUAACCCUUGAUCGUCACCUCCACACCCCCAUGUACUUCUUCCUCAGUAUGUUGUCAGCUUCAGAAACCAUGUACACACUGGUCAUUAUACCAAGGAUGCUUUUCGACCUUAUAGUCCUGAGUCAAUCCAUUUCCUUAGCAAGUUGUGCCACUCAGAUGUUCUUCUUUGUCACUUUGGCCAUCAACAACUGCUUCCUUCUCACAGCUAUGGGAUAUGACAGCUAUGUGGCUAUUUGCAACCCCUUGAGGUAUUCUGUAAUCAUGAACAAGAGGGUGUGCAUCCAGCUGGUGUGGGGGUCCUGCAGCAUUGGCUUACUAGUAGCAAUGACACAGGUGUUGUCUGUGUUCAGGCUGCCCUUCUGUACCACAAAGGUAGCCCAUCUCUUCUGUGACAUCUGACCUGUAAUGAAGCUCUCCUGCAUUGACAUCACCACCAACGAGAUCCUAACUUUAAUCAUCAGUGUCCUGGUGAUUCUGGUUCCCAUGGGUUUGGUUUUCAUCUCCUACUUCCUCAUCAUCUCUACCAUCCUCAAGACUGCCUCAGCUGAGGGCAGGAAAAAGGCUUUUGCCACCUGUGCUUCUCAUAUCACUGUGGUUAUUGUCCACUAUGGCUGUGCUUCCAUUGCCUACCUCAAGCCAAAGUCAGAGAAUGGCAGAGAUCAGGAUCAGUUGAUUUCAGUUACCUACACUGUAAUCACCCCUCUGCUGAACCCUGUGGUGUACACUCUGAGGAACAAAGAGGUCAAGGAUGCUCUUUGCAGGGCUAUUGGCAGAAAACUCUCCUGA